AUGCGGGUGGCGAAAGUGGUGCCCGAUGUCAUCAGCUACAGCGCUGCGACCAGCGCGUGUGGAAAAGGUGGAGAGUGGCAGCAGGCCCUGUCGCUGAUCAGCCAGAUGCGACUGGCGACUGUCAAGCCCGACGGCUUCACUUACAGCGCUGGGAUCAGCGCGUGCGAGACGGGCGAGCAGUGGCAGCGGGCUCUGGCGCUGAUCAGAGAGAUGCGGGAGACGAAAUUGGAGCCCGACGCCAACACCUACAGCGCUGGGAUCAGCGCGUGCGAGAAGGCCAGUUGUGCCAAUGGUCUUGCCGUCGGUGGGGUCUUUCUCCUGCCUGGGCCAGGCUGGGGGCGCUCCUGA